AAUUUUAAAGAGUUGAAGAAUUGUAUUGAUUACCUUUAUAUGGAAAUACAAAUGUUGAACAGUGGUUGAAACAAAUAUGUUUCAAGAUUAUAAUUAUUAAACACACCGAGAGGUUCAACAUAAGUGUACAUGAAAGUAGACGGUUUGUAAUAUAUCAACACACAAUUUAUAUACUAGUGCACAUAGUAUCAGAUAAAACACAGGAACAUAUUACUAACUUACUAAGUUAUUGGAGAAAAAUAACCAUUAUUGAACAUAUUUGAAGAGAUUUUACACUAAAUUGGUUAUAUUGGAACAGCGGAAAUCCUCUGAAAAUUGGAUUAUAAAUUUAUACAUUGAAGUAUGUCUAAUGAAAAUACUGUAUUUAAUAAGAUAGGCGAGACAAAUAACAAUUUGGUUAUUGUUAUAAUAUAUAAUCCGACUAUGGCAGAGGCAUCAUUAAAAUCUGUGUUAAAUAAUCUAUAAAUGCGCUUAUUAUGUUAAGAUUGGGGUAAGCAUAUAGAAAAAUAAACGAAAUAAGGGAUAAAUAAACGAAACAAAAGUGAAAGUAUAAAAGAAUAGUUCAUUACAUAGCAGCAUUGUAUGAAGUUGUAAUACAGCAGCGAACAAAGUUUUGUUUCGGAAGAUAAAGGAUACUUCUUUAUGAAAGAAGAAUUGUACAAAGCUAGGUGAACGAGAUAAUGAGUAUCGUUUGGAUCUGGAACAUGGCAUGUUUCAUGAUGGAUAUAAUAUCUUACUUUAUGUCCUGUUUUAGAGUGGGGCAUUCUGACGAUGGAGAAAAUGAAGACAGGAAAAAGAGACAAAAACAUGACCAAGAUUAUUUUAAGAGCUAUGCCGGUAUUUGUGUGCACGAGGAGAUGUUAAGUGACACUGUGAGAACAAAUGCAUACAGAUAUGCAAUAUUGAAGAACUACGAGAAAAUUCGAGGGAAGAUUGUUGCAGAUAUUGGUGCUGGAACCGGUAUUUUGUCAGUAUUCUGUGUUCAAGCUGGUGCUAAAAAAGAGGCCAGUGAUAUGGCUAAGCAAACUCAGGCAAAUGUAGACGAAAAAAAAUGUCAGACAGAAUUGAGUUCUUUCUCCGUUAUGCGACAAAAUGUCCAGGCUCAUGCUGUACAAGUCUGUCGACUGAAUCUAAAUACAGCAACUAAAGAUUACCUUCAGAAUGUAAAGAAAGAGUUUACAUUCCAUUGUUUUGGUCAAUCUACCAUACAUGGUUUUACUACAUGGUUUGAUGUUGGAUUUCCUGAAAGUAUAACGCUUACCACGUCGCCUUAUGCUGAAGAGACUCAUUGGUCACAGACACUUUUUUAGAUAGAUGAACCAUGUGUUGUGACACUAUACACUGUGAUAAAAGGAAGCAUUUCUAUCAGACCUUAUACAGAUGCACCCAGAUUUCUUGACAUCAGCGUUACAUACACGUAUAAAAUUGGAGAAGGCACAACACAUCGUCAAACAUACUUAAUGAACGACUGUAUCACGUGACAUCAACAGAACUGUGACUAAAGUACAUAUGUGAUAUUAAACAGGGAUAUAACUUAGCACUUUCGUACCUCAGGAAUAUAUUUCUUACAGAAAGGAGCUUAAAUAGCAUGGAAAUAGUGUGACAGGAAGUUCAUCAUGAAUGAAAUGUUCACCAUGUUUAAAAACAUGAAAAUAUAAAAAGUUAAAACAAAUCAAUAUCAAAUAUAUAUCUUAUUUGUAACUUUAUAUACUAGUAUAUCAUGAAUGAAAUGUUUGUCAUGUUACUUUAUAGAAUACGGAAUAAUAAAAACAGUUACAACAAAUCGA